AUAGUAGUGGCAACGCUGCCCGAAAGACCGAAAUUACUUGGUUUUUAUUUUGACAACAAAUUGGAUAAAAUGAGUGGCUUGAAGGCGAAAAAAUCCAGCAAGGGCGACCAAAUCCCCAAGCCCAUUAGCAUUAAGAAGGAGAAGAUCGAGGAGGAACGAAAGCUGCAUCCCAUGUCCCAUUACAUAGACGACCGCCUGGAAUUGGUGAAACAGAUAUUUGGGACCUUAAAACCGAAAACCAUUUUGAACCUAGCCCCAGAGUUUCUAAAGAAAACGCCACUAGACGAAAUCGAGGAACUUUGUCUGGAGGAGUUACUCUGCUUGUCUACGAAGCGGCUAAAAUCCAUAAUAGAAAACACCAAAUGUCCCACAGACACUGAAAGCUCCGAAGAUUCCGAUGUGGAGCACAAAGAAGAACACAUCUCGCUAGAGGAGAUAUCAUCCGACAGCGACAUCGGAGGUCAGGAAUCCCGAAAAACCAAGAAGAAGCUUAGAUCCAAGAAAACGAACAAUGGGAAUGAAAACAAAGAGUCGGGUGGUCAAAUGAGCGUGCUGGAACUGUUGGAACUUCAGGCACGUGCCAGGGCCAUCCGCUCCCAACUGGCAAUGGAGCCAAUCACCAAAAUAGAGGUCAAGUCAGAUGAUGAUAUUGACGAAGUACCAGUGGAGAAAGUACAGCGAAAGGAAAAGGAUAAACGCAGCACUAAAAAAACGGAUUCGAGCAAGCGCAAAUCGCAGGAAUCAGCUAGACCAACAUCUCCAUCCCAGCCUGAUAGCAGCAGCAAGGAGCAGGAAGCGCCCCGCAAAAGAAUCAAGAUCAAAAGAAACUAUAGGCGGACUUCAAAGUCGCCAGAAAAGGAAGUCAAACCUCCAACAUCUACUACUUCAUCCGAAACUUUGGUUGCAUCUAACGAUUUAAACAAACUGCCACGUUCCAAAUCACGUUCAGCCUCACCAGAUGUGAUACCUAUACAAACGGAACCCGAAACACUGCUGAUCAGCGACAGUACGGAUGAUGAGGCCACCAAAAAGAAGACAACUGAAACAACUACAACUAAGCAAGUCGAAUCGGACCCACCAGCCCCAGUCGUUGAGAGCGAGCCAGAGGAGGGAGAAGUGCGCGAUGAACCCGAAGAGCCAGCUAAGGUAGUUGACCCAGCCAAUCCAGAUGAGCCAACAGAGUCAGAAGCAGCAGCUAUUUCGAAAGAACUGGAAAGUAAUAAGCCAGAAGUAUCGGAUACGUCUGAUAAGCUAGAUAAAACAGGGGAUAAGGAACCACCGUCGGAAGAAGCUCUCCCAGCUAAUCCCCCUGCAGAGCCAAAGAAGCCGAGUGCAGCCGAGCCAACUGCCCUUGACGACGAAGAUCAAAACGACGACGUCAUUUCAAUAGGUGGGGAUCUAGAAAUGAUUGAGGAAAUGACGAAGGAUGACGAUUCACCUUGGGUAAGCAUUAAAAGCGAGAAAAAGGAGAAGAUGCAGGAUCCUGAGGAACUGGACAACGAUGUCAUAUCCCUGGACACAAGCGAGGAUGAACGCGACAAACUACAGCAGGCAGACUCCGAGUCCUGGCGUUCACGCUACAUGAAGAGCUCCAAGGUCAGCCAGGUGCUGGCCGAAUCGCGUUUGGGAAAACGCGUCCGUGACAAGCUCAAGAAAUCGAAGCGCACCAAAGUCACCGCCGGCGAGGAGCAGGCCAAGGUUGAAAAGCCGGAUUCAUUUACUUCCAAGCAUGAAGACGGAUCCAUAGAGCAAUACCAGGAGCUUCUGCAGCACCGACAGCGUAAAACUUCAAACAGUAGCAAGGGGGAUAAAUAAGUUUAGCCGCUAAGGGCGGGAUUUAUUGAAAAGUCGCGUACUGACGCACGGCCCUAGUUUAUAUGGCAUAUAAAAAGUCAAAUAAAAAUUUGCUGUCCUCGGGGGCGGAAGGC